AUGUUUCCACCGAGUACGUCACUGUGGCAGGCACAAACUGCACAGAUCAUGGCUGGAGACCAUGCGGACGGCAAUUCUCACCACGUUGGUUCACGACCGAUCCUAGAGACACCGACAUUGACAACGACACAAAGGCUUCCCGAAAAAGGGAAUACAUCUCGAUCAGAAAAGCGUAAGAACGUGAGUUCUAACGUUGAGAUGGAACACCGCGGCUCCAGUGAGGGUGGCAUGACUGGUCAGGAAAAGCUGCGUCCAAUACAAAAUGGAUCUUUCUUUGGCGCCGAAGCUUUCUCAUCCGUCGUGGGCCGCACAAAAUUCCCAUCAAAAGGCCCUUCAUACCCGCCACGCCAAAACUACCCGCCUCUCAAUCCUGCGGAUCAGAACCCGCCUUGCAAUACCCUCUAUGUGGGCAACUUGCCCAUUGAUACGUCUGAGGAAGAGCUGAAGGCCAUGUUCUCCAAGCAGCGUGGCUAUAAGCGACUGUGCUUUCGAACCAAGCAGAACGGCCCGAUGUGCUUUGUUGAAUUCGAGGAUAUCUUCUUCGCAACUAAGGCACUCCACGAGCUCUAUGGUCAACUUUUGCACAAUAGCGUUAAGGGAGGCAUUCGUUUGAGCUUCUCCAAGAACCCACUUGGCGUCCGUUCAGGGCCAGGUCAACGAAUUACCACUCCCAAGGACGGAUUAAGCAAGCUGAUAUCGAGCGCUAGUGGGCGCGUCAUGACAGUCGAUGAGGGUGACAUAUCUCGGAACAAGCCCAUGAAACCAAGAUGUGACUCUAACGACUCUGGGUUUGAAUCUUUGCCUCCCCAACAAGGGUUACCAAAUGCACUGCAUGCUAAUGAAGGAAUUCCGGCACCUACAUCCGACUUGCCAACUUCAAGUACAUCUGCCACUGAGAGCAAUGUAGGGACUGUGCCUUCAGUGGGCACGACCAUGCUUUCAGACAUAGUCCAAGAGUCUAUCGCACAUAUUUGCGAGGACUUAUACCAUAAGCUAGAGCCUGAAAUCUGUCCAACAAGUUUCGGAGCAAUGAUCGGCAAUUUCGGAGAGCUAAUCAAAGCCUUCGCUAUCCAACUUGGCCUCGAUCAAUCACAUCAUAUGGGACCUAGUAUCAUGUACUUUGUGUACAAGCACCAUAAGUGA